AUGAUCACACGCUUGAUCCCGCCACUCACCACACCCGGACUCCGACUGUCUGGGGCGCGGUGCAAUUAUCGAGCGAAGUGGACUGGACGCUGGGCGAGGAACACUAGACCAUCAGAACCGACCAAGAUGACUUCGAUGAUGAGCUCAACUAGCACUGAUGAUAACAAGAGGCCUCCCUUCGUCCUCGGCUCGGCGGCCGUCACUCACUCCGAACCCCUGGAAAACUCCAAGGCUAAGUGGAUCGGGCUCAGGUCGAUCGAUUGGAUCGACGAGACCGGCAAGGAACGCAAAUGGGAAGCGUCUUAUCGCAAGACGGCCGGAGAAUCGGCGAGCGACAAGCCUGAUGCCGUGGCGAUCUUCACAUUGGUGUCCAGGCCUCAACUGCCGCUGUCGACCAUCCUGGUGCUCCAGUUCAGACCGCCGGUCAACAGCAUCGUCGUCGAAUUGCCCGCCGGAUUGAUCGACGAGAACGAGAGCGCCGAGACGGCUGCUUUGCGAGAAUUGCGUGAGGAAACCGGCUACGGAAAUGGACCUAACGGCGGCCUGGUCAAGGUCGAGGAGAUCAGCGAGAUCCUGGUCAAUGAUCCCGGGAUGAGUUCGGCCAACAUGGUCUUGGCCAAAGUCUCUGUUUCCUUAGACAGAGCGGAUGUGAUUCCGGAGCCCCAACAAGAGCAAGGCGAGCAUAUCCAGGUCGAACUCGUACCGCUUAAAUCUCUCUAUGAAACUCUCCAACAGUUUAAUCAGAGACCAGGCUAUGUUGUAGAUGCUCGACUUAUGCAUCUCGCCUUGGGUCUCACCAUCCAAUAA